GACAGGACAGCGCAGGCGCAGAGGUGCCGGUGGACGCGCGCUGAGGGUGCGAGAGUCGAGCCUCUCUCCCGCAGACGACUUUUAUUAGCGGGUGGGCUGAGCGAUAGGCUGUCUUCCGCGCGCGCCUGCCGCAGCCUCGCUAUGGAUGCCCAGAAAGAAGCUCUACAAAGGAUUAUCUCUACUUUGGCGAACAAAAAUGAUGAAAUCCAGAACUUUAUCGACACACUGAGCCAUACGUUAAAAGGUGUUCAGGCUAAUUCUUCUAAUGUAAUUGCUGAGCUGGAUGAGGAAUUUGAUGGUCUGUAUUCUAUACUGGAUGAGAUGAAGGAAAGUAUGACCAACAGUAUUAAGCAAGAACAAGCUCAUAAAUCUCAAGAGCUACAGAAUCAACUUAGCCAAUGUAGUAAUGCCUUGGAGAAUUCUGAAGAACUACUAGAAUUUGCUGCACGGUCACUGGACAUAAAGGACCCUGAGGAAUUCUCAAAGGCUGCCAGACAGAUCAAAGAUAGAGUCACAAUGGCUUCAGCAUUCCGCAUCUCUUUGAAACCAAAGGUCAGUGAUAACAUGACUCACUUGAUGGUGGACUUCUCUCAGGAAAGGCAGAUGCUCCAGGCUUUAAAGUUUUUGCCAGUCCCCAAAGCUCCGGAGAUAGACCCAGUAGAGUGUCUGGUAGCUGACAACGCUGUAACAAUAGUAUGGAGAAUGCCAGAAGAAGACAACAAAAUUGAUCAUUUUGUACUGGAAUAUAGGAAAACUAAUUUUGAUGGGCUUCCUCGAGUAAAAGAUGAAACAUGCUGGGAGCUGAUAGACUAUAUUAAGGGCACUGAAUAUACAUUAUCUGGACUGAAAUUUGAUUCAAAAUAUAUGAACUUUCGGGUAAGAGCUUGCAACAAGGCUGUGGCAGGGGAAUACUCUGAUCCAGUGACUUUGGAGACUAAAGCACUUGUCUUCAGUUUGGACAAUACAUCGUCUCAUCUGAACCUGAAAGUUGAAGAUUCUUAUGUUGAGUGGGAUCCUACUGGAGGCAAAGGCCAAGAAAACAAAAUAAAAGGAAAAGAGAAUAAAGGCAGUGGCCAGAUUACAGUACUGAAGAACAAUACAAGAAGUGGCACACCAUCUCCAAAGAGGACAUCUAUUAGUUCGAGGUCACCAUCGAUAAGGGGCAGCAGAGAUCGCUUUACUGGUGAAUCGUACACAGUGUUGGGAGACACUGCUAUUGAAAGUGGACAGCACUACUGGGAGGUGAGAGCCCAGAAGGACUGCAAAUCCUACAGUGUGGGAGUAGCAUAUAAAAAUCUGGGAAAAUUUGAUCAACUGGGAAAGACUAACACAAGCUGGUGUAUCCAUGUCAACAACUGGCUACAAACCACCUUUGCUGCAAAGCACAAUAAUAAAGCCAAAGCCCUAGAUAUGACUGUUCCGGACAGAAUAGGAGUGUACUGUGACUUUGAUGGAGGUCAGCUCUCAUUUUAUAAUGCAAGUUCAAAGCAGUUGUUAUACACCUUCAAAACAAAAUUUACCCAACCACUACUACCAGGUUUCAUGGUCUGGUGUGGCGGACUUGCAUUGAGUACUGGACUGCAAGUGCCGAGUGCUGUGAAAAUGCUCCAGAAGAGUGAAAAUGGAUUGAGUGGUUCAGCUACCAGCCUAACCAAUGUUACCCAAUAAUGUGUCUAUUUGGAUACUAUACUCCUGUUUCUGAGUGGGUUUUUCUGUGCAGCUGCUAUUUACAGGAGCUUGUGAGCAAUGGAUUAACUGGCUUUGCUACCCCACUGCUGCUUUAAGGCCUGGGCACCAAUAGUGCAAAAGUUCUGGGCUGAAGCAUUAGCAGAAAUUUACUGUGAAUCCAGAAAGCCAGAUAGAAAGCGAGACUGACUUUUUUUGAUGUUUUGGACGGGGAAGUCAGGAGCUGUAGCUACUAUGUGCUUUUAUAUUAGACUGAAUUUGAUUGUAUUAGAUACUUCAUCAUUUCAGUAUAACUGCACAUGGCAGGUACGAUCUUAGUUUGAACGGCACUUACUACUAUACACUUUUUUCACUCCUUGUUCCCCCACCCUGAAAAGGAGUCCAUUUUGAGGUCCUAAAUGGAAGCUUUAAAUAUGUGACCCUUUGAAGAAACCAGUCCCCCAAAUUUCCACACAUGGAUAUGGCAUAAUGCAAGUUUGAGACUUGAGAUGUUCUCGUAGAGUAGCUAAUGUCAUUUUGACACAGGUUGGCUACCCUCUGGUAUUAGUUGAAUAAAUAGUGUAUCAUUUUGUGAUGGUCUUUAGUUGUCUAAAUGGGCAGUGCUGAGUAUCCCUUUAUAGGCUAUUCAUAGUUAGAACACGAGCUCAGUAAUCCUGCAUCACUUUAGUGAAAAUGAAGACUUCACAUCAAUUUUUACACCAGUGUUUUCAGAGCAUUCCUGAUCUUUACUGUGUGAGCCUUCUACUUAGAUUAUUGGGGAGAUAUGCAUAACACACUUCCCCAAUAUUACCCUUAAUAAGCUUUCAGCUAUAUUUGAUUACUUUUUUUAAAGCAUCCAGCUUGGAGUACGGGUAGGCUUUAAAGUGCUUCCAUGCUUUCUAUAUUUAAGUGUCUUGUUUUUAAUAUGCAGUUUAAAUAAGGUUUUGUCCUGUUUCAACCAGAUUUAUACAAUUUAAAGCUUUCUAAUGAGUUUGAAGUGUGUAAACAUGCAGUGGUGGUGAUGAGGUGUUUUAAGACUUCAAGAAUGCAGCUAAGCUAAAGCUUAAAGUAGACAGCCCAACACUCAUUCAAUGUUGCACUUAUACAUUACAUUCAUUUUAAUGAAGAAAGAGUACCACUAAUUUCACUAAAUUACAUAGUGAUCAUGCACAUUAAUGUAGCAGAUUAGUUCAUCGUACUUAAUCUCUACUAUAUGCACUCUUUCAAAAAAGGAAGGCAUAUGAAUAUCUCUAAAGUUAGACUGGGCAGCACAUUGCUUACUGCUCAACCCCACCUAUAUCACUUCUAACACAAGUAGAUAGUGAAUAAUAAAAACUACUCACUAGCAAACAUUGUCUAAAUAGAAUGAGACUACAAAACUGGAAAGCUACUAGGAGCUUGUAUUUUUAAGAGCAUAAUUUAACUGGGUAGGACCACUUUGUGUAUCUUUGAAUGCUCUGGAUUUUUUAAAGUUCUGAACCCCCCCAAGCUCUUAUCUUUUUAAAUGCACCCUCCCAUCUGAAAGGCUCCCCAAGCAACUCUUUCCUUACUGCCUGUGAUCUCCAGAAUGAAAUAAUUCUGGUCGUGCUUACUAGAGGUGGUCACUAAACAAUGCUGAGGUUCCUCCUUUCACCCCUUUCAUGGGACUGAAUAUGUCUACUUUUUCCAGCCCUGGAGUUCUUCCCUGAAACAGGACAAAGCAUUAAACUGUUACUAGACCACUGCACCAGCCCUCCUCCUCCCAUUUUAAUGGUUGCCACUUCUAGGUUAUUUUGUACUCCUUUGUAAAGAUUGCUAAUCUAGACUGCUUUUUAUGAAAUCUGUUUAUGGUUCUUGUGCUGCUUUGGGAGAGACACAUACUGCACUCAGUGGUUUUAACAAACAGUAGAAUCACUCUUCAGUAAAAGGGAUUUUUUUUGCUACAGUGACCAGAUUCAGACCCCUCCUACAGCAAUUUCAUAUGGAUGUCUGCUCUCCAUGUAUUUCUCCCCAUUGAGGCAACCAGUUGCUAAUUGGAGAUCUUGGAGAGGAUAUCUAGUGAUCCCAGUCCUUAGCAGCAAACCUUUGCAUACAGUAGAAAAAUUAUUCAUGUUAAUGGAGAGAGCUAAGAGAAAACAUUUUAGUAUAAAAGUAGGUUUUGUACUAGUGUUAAAUCUAUUUUAGCCACUUUUAAUCAGUGUUUCCCUUCCUGUUCUAGUCCAGGGUCCCACAAAAUGACCUGCAGGUGAUGGACAAUAUUGUGACCAAUUUUUAAUUCUGUAAUUAGAGGUCUCUUAUGGUGCACAGUCACACUAAGACUUUUCUUCGAGCAUAAUGCUGGUGGCUGUGUUGAAAUGCCUCCCUUCUUGGGAGUUGAACCGAAUGAUGUAGGGAGGGAUGAUUUGCACUCUGCACAUUCAGUCCCUGGAAACAGAGACAUUCCUCUAAGUUUAGGAGCAUUUCAUUUCUUCCUCUUGAAGGAAAGUAGAGUGAAGAAAUCUCGUGCAACAACUGUGGAGAUCACAGGCAAAAUCAGAUGUAUUUAAUCUGUUUUAUACAUAGUUGAAUUUGGCCCAUGAUCUCCAGUAGUGUUGCACAGCAUUUGCUACUCCUUUAAGAAACAGAGGAUAAGCGAAUUACCUUUUUUGGUAUUCAGUUCUAUACAUGAAUUCAACAUUUUUUCAUGGCUUCCUUUUCAUGCUUAUUUUAUAAUAUGGUUAUACAAAUCUUUUUUGUGUGGGAAGAGGAAGAAAACAGCUUCCAGUAUGUUUUCUCUCCUUUGCUGAACUUCUUGUCCAAUUUAAAUGUACAAAACUGAAAACAAUUUCAAAUGAUUGGCAAAUGGUUUUGUGCUAAUUGAGCUCAUAACAUCUGAAUCGGCUUAUCAUAGUACUCUGGGACAGUCCAUGUUGUCUUGUGAAGCCAUCAUCCUAAUUACCUUCAUAUUUUGGAGAAUCAGGUCCUUAAUGCAGCAAUGUGAGCAUUCAUAAUGUCCAGUGAAUUGAGGGAGUUUAGAAGCAUGCAGGAUGGGGCACAAAAUUGAUUUUUAGAAGGGAAGAGUAAGCUUUUUUCUAUUUUGAGACUCUUAAGUUGAUGGUGGUAAAGGUUAGUUUCUGUUCCUAUCUGUCCAUCUUUAACUUUUCAAUGUGGGAUAGUUAGCUACAGUUCCUGAUACCUUGCAGCAUACACUCACUCUUACACAAAGUAAAGGAAAACUUAACAUGUAUAAGGAAAAAACCAGUAACCAUUGAAUCAAACCCAAAAAUUGAGUGCAGAUACAUAAUUUACUUGAACAUUUUAGCAAACUGUAAGGAAACCUGCAAGGUACACUUGAUUAUGCACAAGAUGUAGACAGUGGAAUUCUUGAUUAUUUUUUUCUUAAACUAUUAUGGUAGCUUAGUUUGAAACAAGCUGAAGUAUUUAGUACUGUGACUUAUGCUGCACAAGGUUUAUUUUGAUAUCCAAGAUAUAGCUGUUCUAAAUGAUAACGUAUGGGUUAUUUUGCCCUUAAAGUUUGAAGUUACUCUGCAGUAGUUAAUGCACAAGUGUUGAAUUUUUGCUAAGUCUCCUUUUUUUAGUAAAUAGAAUAUGGAGAUGAGGAAUUGCCUUAAGCGCUUCAGAUGUUCGUUCUUAGAUUAUGGUUUUUGUGCUAACAUCUUGCAGAUCUUUUUACAUUUGUGGAAAGUGCAGGUAUAUUAAUGGUAUUGCAUAGCAUCUUCGGUGCUAUUUUUAGGUACAGUGUAAACAAAGAUAAAGUACUAGCUGCAGCUUCAGAAUGUGUUGACAUAGGAAGAAUGUAUGAAUACCCUGAGACUGUUUCUGGCAAGCGGAUUUUAUUGGAGGCUACUCUGCCACUUGAUUUGAUUGUGCAAAUUUGCAACCCUCUUGAAUGGUGGUGCUGGCACAGCUCCCAUUAGAGCUGUGCUAGAUUCUUUGCAUGUAGCACAGUGUUUCCAAGUAUGUAAGUAAUUUAAUGGCCUUGCUCAUUGUAAAAUUCAAGUAUUUGGGGGGGGAGGGGGAAGGAUUGUAGCUAAAUUGGAGUUCUCUUGUAAAAAUGUGAUUUAUCUUUUAAAUGUAUUUCUGCUAUUUACAGAAGUUUUUGGUUAAGGGAUUGCUGUUAGUCUCUGUAAAUUACAUUACAUCUGUUAACAGGGCAUAAUAAGGGUUUUUUAAUAUAGUGGUAAACUGUAAAAAAAAAAAAAAAAUACAUUUGCAUAAAAAGGCAGUGGAAGUAUGUGAAUCUACUGAAGUUUAAGGGUUAUUAAUUUUGGAAAUGGAUAGUUGAUAACCUACAUCCAUAUACGUGCAUGCAUACCUUAAGUUUGUCUUCUGGUGCAGGAUAUAAAGGGCAGUGACUGAAUUUUCAGUUAAGACUUACUUCCAUGGUCUUUCAAAAAGCUUGUAAGUAGGAAAAGUAAGUAUGUGCCCUGUGUAACAUGGUUGCAGGAGCAUACACAUAGGUUUCCUACAUCUUUUCUAAAUUACUGAUCCUUCACACCUCACACACAAGGUGAAGAAACUAACUAGUUGCUAUAGGGAAAAUAUUCAGCUUCACACACAAAAAAAGUAACUCUCUCUACUCUUCUGAGCAUAGUACAUUACAGAUUUUAAUAAUCUUGGUAGACUAAUUCAAGUGUGAUCUUCCACCUAAACUCAGAUUUUUCCAAACAUUUUAUUGACUGUUGGAAGGGGAAAUCUGGCAUUUGUUUUCCCAGGCACUGUGAAAUGGGCUUUAUGGAUAUCUGACUAUCAGGCAAAGCUUUUCAUUUCCCUCCAUUGUUUAACACCUUUUGCUGCAUGUGCCUUUCAUAAGUGGAGCUAUAAUCCAUGCUCCUGCUGUGGCAUAAUGUGAGUGUACUUAAUGAUCUUGAAUUGUCCCACUGAUUUUUACUUUAGAUUGCACAUUGAUUUCCAUGUACAUCACUUUGACAAUACCUCAGGUAUUCUGUAAUCAGUGCUUCAUUCCUCAUUCUUGGUAUAAAGUAUCCCAAGAUAACAGACCUGUCAUAACAGCACUACAGGGGUGCCUUAGAGCCCACAAAGUAUUUUAUUUGCUGUGUCUAACUCAAACUGUAUAUCUUACAAACAUUUUGUAUUAAUAAAUUAAUUUUGAAACAGCUGCAUAA